GGGACGUAUUCAUCAGUUGGAGACUUGCUUUUUUAAAUGGCCUAUAUCUAUGUUCGAUGAUCAUUUUUCAAGCUGCAUUUAGUUUAUUUCUCAUUCAAAAUGAUGAAUCAAACUGGACUAAUAUGAUAUCUUAUUGGCGAAAGAAUAUAAAUAUGGUUGUAAUUGAUUUAGACAGUCGUUUGAUGAAUACGUCCCACAUUCGGAGAGCAGACCGGUAGCUCACAAGGUUACUAAAUAACGCGUUCGCGUGCUGUUUGCUUUCGUUGUCGUUCCCCAUUCUCGGCGUACCAGCAGCAGCAGCAGAUAGUCUAUACCGUUUUAAAAAGACAUAAAUCACCGUCGCCAGAUACGAGAGAAUUUGUGGCGCUCUCAACGGAAAAAAAGAAAGGACACAUCUUUGCCUCGUCUGUCUAAGAGUAACUGGCUAUGACCGGUCCAACAAUGGCCACUAUGGGAGGUAAAAAGUUAUCGAUGAGCAAGCAGAACGAGCUCAAUUCGCUGGUCGAUUCGCUUAUCAAGCAUAGUUUCCUCAAGACGACCAAUCUGAACGAGCAGUUCAAGCAGUAUCAGGAUAUGUAUGCGGUACUGGAGCGGAUCCGCAAGUUGGAAUCAGAGCUCAAGUUGAAGACCAACAGUGGAAAACCACGGCAGGCCAACAUCGAGGCAUUCUACCGAUGGGCCAAGGAGCACGGUUGCGAGUUUGAUGGCGUAAAGAUUUCGGAAUUCUCCGGUUUCGAAUUGGGACUGGAAGCGACCCGGGAUUUCAAGGAAGGAGAAAUGUUCGUAACCGUUCCGAAGAAGUUGAUUUUCUCGGUCACGGCCGACAGCAAGAUUCCGGACAUUAUGAAGGACAUUCCGGUGAUGAUGGUGCAGAACCUGUCCAACUUGAUGCUGGCUUUGCUGUUGAUUGUGGAGCGCUUCCAGCCGAAUAGUGUGUGGAAGCCGUAUCUGGACGUGCUGCCGGAUCGCUACUCGACGGUUAUGUACUUUAGUCCGGCCGAGAUGGCCGAACUGAAGGGUACCAGCGCGUACGGGGCGGCACUGAGCCAAUGUAAGAACAUUGCUCGGCAGUACGGUUUCAUCAAGAAGUUCAUCCAGAGCAAGACGCCGCUGCUGAAGGACAACUUUACGUACGAUUUGUACUGCUGGGCAGCAUCGACGGUUAUGACGCGCCAAAAUCGAAUCCCGGUCAACCUCAGGGACGAAACUGCCGAGGAAGGCGACUCAUCCGAUCAGGAACCAAGGCCGGUGCUGAUUCCCCUCUGGGACAUGGCUAACCAUAUCAACGGACAGAUUACCACCGGCUACAACGAGCAGCUGCAACAAGUGGAAAGCCAAACAUUGAAGCCCUUUGCGAAAGGGGAACAGAUCUUCAUCCACUACGGCAACCGGACCAAUGCGGACUUUUUGGUUCACAAUGGAUUCGUGUUUCCAGAUAAUAGCAACAGCAGCGUGAUAAUCCAGCUUGGUCUUAACUGCGGAGUGGAGCUGUUCGAUGAACGGAAACAGCUACUAGAAAAGCUUAAUCUCCCGAUAGCCGGAGAGUUCGCCGUCAUCCGAGGCCCCGACUGCAUCCCUGCCGAUCUGCUAGGGUUUGCUCGGGUGUUCAACAUGACCAAAGAUCAACUUGCCCACUGGAUCGCCCAAGAGGAACAGGUCGUCCAAACUCUUCUUGACCCCGAAGACUGCAACCUGGAAGAAUCACUGAAAGAAAAGGUGUGGAAAUUCCUGUCCAUCCGAUUGCAGCUGGUCAUGCGGAUGAGUGGGACCACGCUGGAACAGGAUGAGGCCCUACUUGCUAACCACGGCCAGAAAGGUACACCAAAGCUGGGUCACAUCAAAACCAUGCUGGUGCAGUAUCGGGUUGUAGAGAAACGAAUUCUCACCGAAGCCGUCGAGUACUGCAAGCAGAAGGAGGAAGCUGUCAUGAAAUGAGCAAUCCAGGGUUACAUUUAGAAUGCUUUCGUUAUUUUAGCUAGUGAGGAUUUCUUUGUUUCCCUUUCAUUAUUCCAUUUAUUAGCCCACAGUCAUUAGAAGAGCGCUCUUUCCUAGUCUCGAUGCUUAGCUAGAAGCUUUGUUCCGAAUAUUUUCCUCAAUUAGCUGAACAAACUUAGGAUCUGUAAUUGCUUUGCAAUGCUGCGAAUACCAGUAUUUAGUUUAUUUGGCGAAUCCCGAAUUUCUUAGGCUCUGCACCUCUGUACCUAGAAUCAUUUUUGCUAAUUUGAUAACAAAGAAUCCGGAGUCAUUUUCGGAAAUCAAGUUGCGCACGUCACACAGU